CGGCGCUGCUGCCGCCUGCUCCCGCGUCCGGCGUCCGCGGGCGGGCGAGCGGGCGCUGAAGGGGCCGCGCUGCCCGCGGCGGCGGGUACCCGGCGCUGGGUACGGGGCUGCUGCCGCCGCCGGGCACAGCGCAUUCGUGAGGCGCGGCGCAGGUCGCGGUCCGGCUGCGGGCUCGCCGCUCGGCUCCCCGGGCUCGGCAGCUCCCCUCCCCCCUCGGCACAAACAAUGCGGCUUCACCACAGCGCUGCGCCGACGGGGGGGGGAGGGAGAGGGAAGGGACGUGAGGGCGCCAGGCACCGCCCAGCCCCGCCGCUGCCGCCGCCGCUGCUGCCGCCGCCGGGCGGGGCCUGCGCCGCCGCUCCCCCCGUCCCCGCCCCUCCAUGGCGGAGCGCGGCGCGGGGCCUGGCGGAGGCACCGGGCGGCACGGGGCGGGAAGCGGCAGCGCUGCGCCUCAGGGGACGGGUUGGCAAUUCGCGGCCCAGGGCUGCGGGCAGGACUCGCGCUGGCGGCACCGGAGCGCCUCAGCGCAGGGGUAUUUAAACGACAGCAAACGGUGAAAGGAGGGAGAAGCAGGGCGGAGGUCAGGGCUGCAAAACCAGGUCUCCAAACUACGAGUAAUCGGUAUUUAUUAUUUCUUUGGGCAAAGUUCAAGCUCGAGCUUAGAAAAUUCGUUUCAGUCUGCUCUCAGGGGGUGUCUGGGUCAUACUUCUGCUUUUGGGUAACGAUAACAACCUUACAUUUUGGUCAAGUACAGUUGUGUCAUCUGUAGCUCUCCCUGCAAAGGCUGCCCUUUGUUAUUAUGUAUCAUUUUUAGGAGAACCAUUAUAGCCUUACUGGAGAUGUGAAGGAUUUUGCUGUGGGUGUCCCCAGGACAGCUGCACCCGCACGCUCAAAGAACCCCUUUUGAGCCAGCCAGGCCUGGGACCAACACUUGUGUUUGCCCAUCACACAGAACAGGUCCUGUGUGCAGUAGGAAAGAAAGCAGCAAAGAGUGGGUAUGGUCUUUGCUGCCCCUCUGUAGCGACCAUUACUGAAUGCCUCCUUCAGAAUAACCUCCUAACUCUUUCUCACCCUGUUUCUACCACUGCUGUUUGCCUCCCCCAGCAGCACUCAGUCCAACAGUAAAUUUAUGCCUAGAUCAGAAAUAGAAACACCUUUCAUUACUUACUUGUGGAAAGUCCAUCAAGGUCCAGAGAGCUUGCAUCACUUAUUUCAGGAAAUUCUGUACAAUAGGCAGCAUCAGUAUCUUCCAACUCAUUUUUCCCUAUCAGGCACCAUCCACUGGGCUGAUCUCUAGCAAAGCAGGAGCUUACAGCAGCCAACAUUUGAGUACUGCACUCAACCUAGAUAAAAUUUUUAGGAUCAAACUGACCCAGUAACUUCAAUUGCUCAAUUAAAAAAAAAAAAAAAAAAAAACACAACCAAAAAACCCACAAAGACUGGAUAAACUGUAUAGGUCAUCUGGUUGUUUGUGUACUGCUUUUAAGGAAUUGCUCUCUGGUUAUGUCACUUACAUACCACCAGUCUCAGAAAUUUUACAGCACAUCAGUUGAAAUGAGUGAAGUUGCAGUGGAAUUCAGCUUGAAAUACUAAAUAGGAAGCAGUGCUCUAAAUCGUAUAUGUUAGUGCACAGUCCAGUUGUAAAAAUGACUAGAAAUGAUAAAUACUGUCAAGAAGCUAAUAAUAAGUAUAAUAAAACUCCAUCUAUGAUAGAAAACAUGUUUUUUUCAUCUUUUAAGUGAUAAUCCAUAUGUGUAUCUGUCCUGCAGCUGUACAAAUGCUUUACAACUGGAGACAAGCUUUCCACAGAGCUUGAUGGCAUCCAUACUCUCCCUAUGUCUGAUGCACAAGUCAGUCUGGCACUCUUCCAGUUUCUUUUUUCUGCCAGGUAUAUUACAGCAUUCCAUAGCUGCACAUCCCUUCAAUAAGACAGCGUUCCAUACAUGUAUUUGUUCCAUUUAACUAUCCUUCCGCUGUCUGACCUUACGCUUUAUUCUCCAGUAUUCUAUUUAUGUGACUUUCUUGAGAUUUGUCUUCCAGCUCUCCCUGUUCUAUACGUAGGGCAUGUUUGGUAACCAUAAGGUGUCAUGUCUGAAACUUCAUGCUGAUAAAACCAGGAAGCAGUACUUCCAAAAUCAUUUCAUUAUAGAGGCAUCAUUGAUUCCCAUGACCUAUUGAUCAAGGACUUAUACCACAGCUUGCAUUGAUCAGAAUGAUGUGUUACAGUGCCAGGACUCGAUCUCCUAACAGAUCUGAAAUGAGAGGCUUCUAAUCUACUUUAGCAUAAUACAGAAAGGCCUCCAGGAUCCUGAGAUUCUCUUCAGUUUCAAAGGACUGCUGAACUUCAUUUCCUAGUGCCUGUGCUGAAGAUGGUAACUCCACCUCAAAUUAAUAACUUACAGGCAGGGUUCAUCACUGCUCUUGAUACUCUUAAUUAUCCUCAGGAAUGAGUGAGGUAUGAGAACUUCUCCUAUAGACCAUCUAGGCUCUUACACAGAAUGCACGUAAUCUUGAUACACUGCUUCACAGCAACAGCACAAAGAUCCUAACAAGCCUGACAUGAACCACCUCUCACUGACAUUAGAGCCUACCAGAUCAGGAUCCUCAAUGUUAAAUACCAGUAGGUUAGCUCAUAUUCUUUCAAAAUGCAACAAUGCACAGUAUUAUCUGGUAUAUUUGACAAGUCCUGAGCACAUACUUCUAUAAUCUCAAAGAUUUGUUUCCCUGCCUGCUCCAUCUCACUAGUGAUAUGUAGUGCCUCAAAAUAGUAUUCAUUCCAUUUUUGGAAAAGGAGGAAACAACUUUAACGGGAUGCCACAUAAUUUCAAGCAAAAAGAUAAAGGUUCAGAGAGCAGGAAGACCCUCACAGCCUUUCUUUGGCACUAGCUCAGUGAGUCUGUGGUUUUGGUCCUACUCCAUCACAGUCUUCACACCCCUGCUUGGCAGCAUCAGGUUUUGAUUCAAGUUGCCACUGCUGACUUGCUCUGUGAGAAAGAUUUUCACAGAUAGAAUAUCUUCUGCUUACCAGCUUUCACCUGUGCUAGUUAACAAAUUCUCAAGAGAAAUAUUUCAAGUGAAGGAAUCACAUAAACAUAAAGGCUGUUCAUCUCAUAAACAUAAAGGCUUUGUCAUCCUCUUCUCUUGCAGAAUCAAGUUUUGAGACAUUGCUACACUGAUCAAGUAUAUCACCUGCAGAGUAACAUCUUUGUACCAGAUUAAAAGAGACCAACUCAGGCUUGCCGCUGCACUUAAAUCUUGGCAGUGGUACUAUUCUUCACUGGAUAGAACUCGACUCUAUACUCCCUUCCCUGUAUAAACAGCAGGCUGCUAAAAUGAAAAAAAAAAAAAGAGCCGGAUUCCACUCCACGUAUUCUUUAGAACCUGCAAGAAUCUUGAAAUAGAUUUUGGACUGCCAUAACAUAUGUGUGUGGGUCCUCAUCCUAUCAUGACAAUUCUGCCUAACGUUUCUAAGACUUGCAACAGCUAUGAAUAAUUCUGCAAACCAAACCAUCCAUAUAAAGCUUCCAAAGCCUGGCUUCCCCACCAUACGGUUUACUUUUCACACUCACCAAUACAUAAUUAAUAUUCUCCCUGGAAUACUGUCUAGUAAUAUACAACAUUACUAUGGUUCCUCAUAUCCUGCAGGGACAUCUUUUUCCAUUUCACUUACCUCAUUGGUUAUGGCACUGACAAAUUACUCAAGGAGCAUUACUGUGCAGGGCCAGCUGCUGUCAAAGAAAAGGUUGUUCCCAGACCUCAGAAGCCUGGAUAGCAUACACUGUGGAUAGGAUGCUCCACCGUAUUACAAGACAUGUUACAGCAACAAGCUGAUAAACCUACAUUUACCCUCAGUCUACGAAGUGGUACAGUUUCCCUGCAUCUCUGUUAGCUAAUCUUUGGGAACUACUCAACUGAAAGACAAAUCCAUGUAUCCUAUGCAUCACAUAUGUAUCCUAUCCAUCCACUAGGUAUCAAAAAUACUUCAGCAGAAAGACAUAUUUCUGUUUUGUACAAGAUCGAGUGGGAUUUAUGGUCAAAAGCCCUAGACGACAAUUCCAAAAAAAAGGAUGAACCUUUUAUCUUUAAAUAUGGAAGAAAAGCCUUGAGCCUUUUUACCACUAGAGGAUUAGUGAAUAUCUUCUCUGUUCUUUGACUAAGAAGAAGCAUGCCUUUUCUUUUUAAUUCCUUUGAUCCCAAAGACUCUGGACAUGUUUUGACAAAGGGUGAGUUAAGAUGAAAUAAUAUAGGUGUUCAUCUGUGUUCACUAACUUUUACAGAAAAAGUUUUUGUUUCUUUUGGCCUCACUAACUUAUGUUCUAUAUGCAUCAUCUUUCUCUUCCUUGGAAAGAAAGCGGUUCUUUAUAAAAUUGAUAAGGAGACCCUUUAUUUCUCCAGAAGAGUUCGGGGUGAUCUAAACUCUGAAAUGAAUUUCAAAACAGACUGCACUCUCUGUCAGUGCCUCUUACAGUACUGAUAAAAGACUGAGCCGUUUUAUCAUCUGAGCUCCACCAGAACUCAAGCUACAUCACUGCUUGCUAAUAGCUCUGUGACUUGCUAAGCAGUCCUGUGGAAUGUUAUCUACAGAUAAUACUUAAAGACCAUCUGACAGAGUGGUCUUUAGGCUGUACAGCUGCUAUGCAAAGGUCCUUACCUUGUUUCCAUUUAAGCAUUUGGACAGACUACAGCUUAGAGUCACCUACAGCAAGAAUAGGUUUGUAGCCUGUCACUUGCAAUGAGAACAAUAUGUUAAACAGUCUUUGGAGAGGCACAAUUGACAGGGAAACCUACUUUCUUCCUUCUUUAUCCUUCUGCUGUCUUGACUCCUUUAACAUCACAUACCUUUGGGAUUUUGCAGUUAUAAGGCUCUCUGCAAAAUGUGCUCAUAACCUUUGAAUGAUGGAAGGAAGAUGGGGCUUGAAUGCACUCCUGCAGACGCUGCAAAGAUGAGGAAAAAAAAAAAACAACAGUAUUAAGAUAUGUGUUAAAGCUUAUAUGUGUUACACUUCACAAAAAAUAAAUCAGAGUAAUUUCUAUUUUCACAGAAUGAUGCACCAAAAGCACAGGGCUUAUCCAUUUGCUUAUCCAUACAUUGUCUAAAUAGCAGAAUAGUAAUGUGCUCAGUGAAGACGAUACAACACAUGUAUCCUUCAUGAAUCAGGACAGAUAGCCAUAGAACUCACAUCAACCACAUUGCUGAAAUUUCAGGAUUGCUUUGAGGUAAAAUUGAGAGCAGGAGAAGAAAUACUGAAAGCUAUGAUGCUUUUUAAAGCUGAUUAUAAAAAACAAAAAGCACACAAAGAAAUCCCAACCUUUUGAGCAAAAUUCUUUGCACUCACAUAUAAUGAUACUGUUAUUUAUAAAAAAGCAGAUUGAACCCUAUACAAGAAAAUAUUAUUACUCCAUCUCUCCUGUCAUUCAUUGCCUUGUCAGCAUUAACUAUUCAACUCCUUGUGUUUACUGACUAUCACCUUCAAUAUAUUCUGUACAGUAACUUUGCCUGCAAAAGUCUUUUUAGGAAGUUAUCCUUGCCAAAUGGUAACUACCAUCCUAGUAACCCUUCAUAAACAGAUGAAGGACUUUCUCUUUUAGCCCCCUGAACUACCUCACUGCACAACCAGAUGAGCACAAUUUAAGCAAAUGUAUAUCAAAAAGCAGCAACAGAGAAGAAAAAAAAGUGCUUUGCAAACAAAGACAUGGCACAACGUAUUUCUCAAACCAAUCAUCAUUUUUGAUGCUUGUUCUCAUCAGAUUUGGGUUUUGGAAGAUUUUUCAUUUAACAUGAACUUGAGUAAAUUUAAGCAAGCACAGUCCAUGUAAACAGUAUGACUACAUACAUAUUCUUAAUUUCUCACAACCCUUUUCUACUCCCUGUUCCUCUCCUGCAUCUUGGAUUCAGUUUUUAUUCAAAGAAAGAAAUCUUGCUCACUGCCUCCAUCAAGUUUGAUAACUUAGAAACUUAAUUUAAGAAAUCCCUCAGAGUUACUUUAUUUCUAAUUUCUUGCUGUCAGUAUCAAACUCUUAACAUGUAACAAAGCACAAAUUUUGAGCACUGUUCCAAGUUAGGUCACUCAUGAAGGUAUACCUCCAAGAAAGAAUCCAGUGUUUACACUGAGUUAAUACUUCAGCUCUCUUAUAAUUAAAUUAAAACUCAAUCAGCAAUGAGACAAAUCCAGUCUUAAUUAGUUUACUACCUCUUCCUCAUUCAUUCUGGAAGACAGACCUGGUCUGCAGAUGAUUAAGACAGUAUGCAGUGGAGGAAGCAUUGCUGUGAGAAUCCCUAGUCAUUUACUGCUGAAGUAAUCCCAAAAUAGAUGAGCUCAUUCAGAAUUAAAGCCCUGUCUCCUCAGUUACGUGGGGAAGGGCUACAAAGCAAGGCAACAUCAAAAUCCAGGGAAGAAAAAAUGAAAAGUCAGUCAUGACUCAAUACAUGACAUACAUACAAACACUAACAAACAAGAAAAACAGCUCAUAGUUUCAGAAAAAAAAAAAAACAAAAAACAAAAAAAUCCAAAGAAAGAUAUGCCGUGUUCAGAGAAAUCUGAUACUUGUUUGUAUGAGAUAACAAACAAGCAAUAAUGAGCAGGUUUUCUUUGCCUUGUCUCAGACAUGGCUACCUUGGCCAGCACCUGAUGCAUCUUUCUAUUGUUCAUAGAGAUCUUCCAAAAUCACAUAUAUACAAAUCAGUCCUGGUAUAUAAUAUGGCCUCAUAUAGGAGAAUCUGAAGAUGCAAAAAAAACCAACACAAAACAAAAACCCACACCACAAAAGUAGGAUCUUCAACUGGAGCAUUCCUGAUAGAUGCAUUCCAGCAUCAUUCUCACCCCACACAAAGGCCAAGCAUAAAUAAGUCCUGUGAAUAUCCUGUCAUACAUACAACUCCUUGCCAAAAUUACAGACUUACAUUGCUGAUGUGCCAUUAAUCCAAGAUGAUAGAGAUUAGCCAGAUGUUUACAACAAAUUAGGUAAUUAACAGCAAAGCACAAAGGCAUCAUGGUUUUGGCAGUGAAUAUUGCUUAAAGUUGCCCAGAGCCACCGUGUAAUCGUUCACUCUUUCUUUUCUGAUUAUCCAGCUUGACAGCUUGGAUACGAUAAGUAUAGCCGAGUGCCCACUGAAGUUAAUGGAGUAUGUAUGGUAAAUAUAUAAGCACUCCCUUAUGUUAAGUGUUCUUAGAAACCAUACCCUUGUGAUACUAAAUUGGACUUCUGAAUUUAGUACUACUGAUCUUCAUCUUAAGGUUUUGAUUUUGAGUCACCACUGUCUACACAGAGUCCUGGAAGAGGAUGUAGUCUAUGCAAGCAAGCAAGCAAGCAAGCAAAUAAAUAAAUAAAUGUUUUCUUUAAUAUAUUAUCUCAGUGCUCAACUUAAGAAUUACAAUUUAGUAUGUUUUUUGUCUUAAUGAUUUCAUAUGGAAAAUGCAUCACUGAUAUAUAAGUUGUUUAUGAUGAAAUUAAAGGUUUGAGUGAUUUGGAUAUUAAAUAAGCUUAUGGAAACAAUUUUAGAGAUAAUUAUGCUAAAACAAGGUAACAGCAGCAAAAUGGUUAUUGCUCCCAACACUAGUAUAACGUGCUGGCAUACUGGUAAAGCGUCUCCAGUAGUAAACAAACUCAGGAAAACAGAACUACAUUAAUUUAUCAUUGCACUAUCAAUGUUAUCACUACUACCGUGGAUGAGAAACUCAAGAAUAGCUCAGUGGCUGGAGAGACUCUGGAACCACAGAAUACAAAGCUCUGUCUGCAGCAACUGAAUCUCUACAAUCAUCUCAUAACUUCUAACAAAAUAUUGACAGAGAAACAGAUACAUUUAAGGAAUAUUCAUGUUCUGUCACAGUAGAAGUGGACAUUAAGCUGUCAUGUAGUCACCAAAAAAUUUUAAGCUUUUAUUAUGGCUUCCCUUGUAUUGACAGUGACAAAGAGCUACUUACUUACGGUUACUGUAGUAACAUUUCCUUGUUUUCUGAACCUGUAACACCCAUUCUCUGGAGAAUCCACACAGCUUCUUUGAGAGCAUGCUCUUUGAUUUACGACAUUCCACAAAACAUAUCGGGGAGCUAGGUAUUCUGCAGUUUACUCCAGGGACUGAGAAAUGAAUUUCAGAUAUUCAUUUAAUACCAGAUCACUUUUAAUUCAUGUUGUGUUAAGUUAAAAGUGCAAAUAAAGACAUUUAUUCACAAUAUCUGAAACAGAAAAACUUACACAACAAAUAAAGGUGGAAAAAUACUCUGAUGUUAAAGAAGAAUUUUAGUUACUUACUGUCAAGAUGCCUCGCACAGACUUUAAUAUCUACCUUGUCAAUGGAUCACCUUUUCUUGCACAUUUACACCUGACUGCAUGCUUUAUGGAGAAUCCGCAGCCUCAGACUAGCACUACAGCACUGCUGCAACACCCACCACAAGCCGGCAGUCUGGAGCCCUCCCCAGGAACUGCAGUUGCUUUCUUUCCUUGCAGUCAUGUCAUCAGAUCACCAUCACCUCUUUGUUUUAUUCUUCACAUUAAUUUAUAGCUUGUGAGGAGUUUUUCUAGUCCCAGUUUGCUCAGACUGUUGAGACUGACUUUUUUUUUUUUUUUGAACUUUCAGUAUAUUUUUGUAAAACAGAGAAAAGUUGCAUCCAUUUCACCCAGACAACAUAUAUGUCUACACACUGACUGGUUAUCAGUAACUUAGAAUUUAAAGAAAUUAUCAACUUGCAUUAACUUCAACUUUCAUUAACUCUUACUGACAUUUUCAUAAUAGGCUGUAUGAAAAAAUGAAGAGGUUCAGAAAAAAUGCUGAUGGAAGCAGUGGAAAGUGCAUAAAAGGGGUUUCCUAAGUUUACUGUACAUUUUUAUUCUUCACCUAUAAAUUGGAAACUCUUGAAAGUCAUAGCCAUUACAAAAGUAAAGCUGUCACAUAUUCAUAUGCCUCUCAUGGCAUGUUGAAAGUAACUACAAAAUUCCAAGUAAAAUUCAACACUGCUACACUUUUAUUUCAUUAAGAGAUGGGUUUUUUUUAGAAGAUAUAUUUCUAUUUAUUAAUAUUGCAUGUUAAGUAAUCACCACAUUAUCAGUUAACAGACUAGUAGUAAGAGCAUUUUUAGCUAAGUUCCCAUGUAUCUUUCAUUGAGACCAUCUGAUUAAUCUGGCCAAGACAAAAUUCUAUGUUUAGACAGCUGUUGCCAUAUAGAUGCACUGUUGUAUCAUGGAAAACAAGGCAAGUCAGAGUAACUUUGCCUUAAAUCACUUUGCCCUCGAUAUUCUAUAUUACCAGUACAGUUGAACUGCUGUCAGUUAUAAGAGGAAUGAACAUGGAAUGAAGAGCUGUUACCACACACUCUUCAUACUUACUUUGUUGCAAGUCUAAGCAGCAUGAAUGAAAAGACUUUGCAAGAGACCUCCAAAGGAAGCAUCAGCUGCAACAGCUCAUUUACUUUACGAAAAUCAUCCUUUAGGUACCGAAAUGCUAUAGAAGUACAGCCAUACGAGCGGUAUAGUAAAGAUGUUCAAGAGCUCCACUAUUCCAAAUCAAAAAGGGAUCAGCUGAUCUGCUGUUUUUCCUUUUCCCCCCAAUAUAUCGAUAUAUGGCCAAUAAAACAUUUCUGACUACAUCUGUUCAAUUAAAAAAAAAAAUCAGUUAUCUGAUAAAGACACCUCAGAUCAAGAAACAUGUACUUGCUUAAACACACUGGCUGGAGUGAAAAAGCUUCUUCCUCUCAACAGUCUUAAAUUAGUUUUAAAGAGCAGCAUCUUACCAUUACUGUUGCUACUGCUUUUCUCCUGCCUGUAUUCCGAUCAAUGGCGCUGAAGUCAAAGCAGUAGCCAUCUAAGACUGCCACCAGGAAUUCGACAACAAAUGUUCAAGCCUCACCACAUCACAGCUUUAUCGGCCUCUAUAGAACAACAUGCAUUAGAAAACAGCACAUCACCACAGAUCGCUCCCACCCUGUCAGAGAAGCAUAGCUCACCCAAUGCCCUGACGGCCUCGGCAGUUCUCGGGCAGGAGGGCAGCAGCAGGGCGUUACCCAGGAGAACGCCAGAUGGCAAACACGUAGAGUACUGCUGCUCAGCUGGAACCGACACAGCGCACAGCCCUGACCCUGAGCAGCUCUCCCUGUGCUAUGGAGGCGAUCCCAUCCAAACGUCGUGAGGCGCCCUGACGCAGAUACAAUCAUCUUUGAGUAACAAGUAUUUAACCUCAAAUGAAGCCUCCUGCAUGCAGCGGAGCAGAUAUAUGGUGCAAAAGAAUCACAGUUGUCCAAUCAAGAUGAACAGAAUGGCUUCCUUGACCAAGAAAAUAGAACAUUCGUUUUUUAGGAUGAUGUCUACAACAUGAAGCAUUCAACAGAGGCUGCCUUUGAGAACGUUCAUCUAUGACCUGAAAUGUCCUGAUCCUGGGGAAAAAGAUGAGAUUACAUUAAUUAAGUCUAUAAUUUCUUAAUGCAUCCUUAUGACUAAUCAUUUUUGCGUCUGCACAACACGGAUACAGAAUUCAUAAACCAGAGCUUAUUUUAACACGUAGAUUUGUGUUUGUGCAUUCAGUAUACAAGAUACAUCAUUUUAAUCACAUUUUACAUACUCUUUUAAAUUAUCUGUAUUUAUUAAUAAAUGAAGACUUGGCACGAGGAAUUUGUCAGCCAUGGAAAACAGUAAAUCAGGUUCCCCCAUCACGGAUGGUAAUUUCAUCUUGGGAAAAAUCAAUAACUUGAAAGUAGAGCAAGAGGAAGAUGGCAUUAACUGUACUCUAGAAAGAAUGGAUAUAAAGACAGAACAAGAUGAAUUCAAACAUGCAGACAGCAGUGAUGAACAAGAAGACAAAGAAAAGAACUUCAUUAGCAACAACCCUAGCAAAUAUUUAUCUACAGAAAAUGAUGAUUAUGGAUCUCUUUUUUCUCAGUAUAGUAGUACGCUGUAUGAUGUAGCAAUGGAGGCUGUGACACAAAGCCUCCUUUCCAGCAGAAACAUAAGCUCCAGAAAAAAGUCACCUGCUUGGAACCAUUUUUUUAUAUCUCCCAGAGAUAGCACUAAAGCAAUAUGUAUGUACUGUAUGAAAGAAUUUAGCAGGGGUAAAAAUGAAAAGGACCUAAGUACAAGUUGUCUCAUGAGACAUGUGAGGAGAGCCCAUCCUACUGUACUAAUUCAAGAAAAUGGGACUAUGCCAAAUAUAUCUUCCUUUUCUUCACCUACGUUGCUACUGCCUCCUCAGUCUGCAGAUAUGGGAGAUCUGAGUUCUAUGUUGUCCCCUAUAAAACUGGUAAAGAAAAUGGCUUCUAAAAUACCAUCUCCAGAUCGAAUAAUUGAGGAAUCUGUUUCUAUUGUUUCUUCUGAAGAAAUAGCAGAUCUCUCAGUUUCUGAGAAGUGCAACAAAGAAGAAGUCAUGGUUGGGUCAUCUCCACAGCUGCCCAACAACCAGUAUGAUGAAACUGUGGAGAAUGUAGCAGAAAAAACUGUUGUAAUUCCAAAGAACACAUCAGGUUCUAGAAGGAGAUCUGCUGUCUGGAAACACUUUUAUUUAUCACCACUUGAUAAUUCUAAAGCUGUUUGCAUCCACUGUAUGAAUGAAUUCAGUAGAGGAAAAAAUGGAAAAGACCUUGGAACGAGUUGUUUGAUAAGACAUAUGUGGAGAGCACAUCGUUCCAUUGUCCUGCAAGAGAACGGGGGUGGUACCAGUAUACCACCUCUCUACACCACACCUCCAACUCUGUUGCCUUCUUUAUUACCAUCAGAUAGUGAUCUGAAUUCUAUAUCAUCCUCUCCUGGAAAGCUAAUGAAAGAAUCAGCUUCUGUCUCCUCUUCCCCAGACAGAAUCUCAGAGGAGAUACAUACCAAUCUCUCUUCCGGAGAUGUUCUAGUGGAAGACUCAAUGCUAUCAUCUUCUGAUGACAUCGGUGAAGUCUCCUUUGUGUCCUCCCCUGAGAAACAGUGUGAGGGAUUAGGCCCACUCAUAUUUGAACCUACUGCUGUAUUUCAGCAAAAUAAAAGGAUUAUGAAAAGGCUUAAAUCAGAAGUUUGGCAUCACUUUUCAUUGUCACCUGCUGACAGUCUAAAAGCAGUAUGUAGAUACUGCAGUUGUAUGAUAAGUCGUGGUAAAAAAGGAGAUGUGGGCACGAGCUGCUUGAUGAGACAUCUAUAUAGACGCCAUCCUGAUAUAAUUGGAAACCAAAAAAGCUGUCUUGAUGUUAGUUUGGCAAAUUCUCCUUAUGCCACUUUGGCUUCUGCAGAAUGUUCAUCCUCAAAGUUGACUGAAUUACCUACAAUGGUUACACACGAUAAUCAAAUUAUUUUUCCUGUCAAUAGCAAGAAGACCUCAAAACUGUGGAAUCACUUUUCAAUUUGCUCUGCAGAUUCAACAAAAGUAAUAUGUAUGCACUGUGGACGUACAAUAAGUAGGGGGAAAAAGCCAACGAAUCUAGGCACAAGUUGCCUUCUAAGACAUUUGCAGCGGUUUCAUAACAAUGUAUUGAAAACUGAUGUCUCAGAGACUGUGUUAUCCACAUCUACGGAUAAUCACAUGCCACUGAGCACAGAAUUAUUAGCAUCUUCAACUUUUGAUGAAACCAAUGACAAGUUUUGUGACUCUCACCCAGUUGCCAAAAAAAUCACAAGUCUUGUAGCUGAAAUGAUUGCACUUGACCUUCAGCCAUAUUCUUUUGUAGACAACAUUGGCUUUAACAGGCUGCUUGAAUACUUGCAACCUCAGUAUUCUUUACCUUCUCCAUCUUACUUUUCUAGGACAGCAAUUCCAGAUAUGUAUGAUAAUGUAAGACAAAUAAUUAUUUCACAUCUUAAAGAAGCUGAAAGUGGAGUGAUUCAUUUUACAUCUGGAAUAUGGAUGAGCAACCAAACACGGGAAUAUCUAACCCUUACAGCUCACUGGGUAACAUUUGAAUCUUCAUUACGACCACAGUGUGAGGAUUAUCAUUGUUCAGCACUAUUAAAUGUAUCACAGGUUGAUUGCGACUACAACGGAAUCAGCAUUCAAAAGCAGUUAGAGUACUGGUGGGAAAUGUGGAUUACUUCCAUUGGCCUUCAGAUUGGGAUUACUGUUACUGAUAAUCAUAGUAUAGAAAAAACUUUAAAUGAGGGUGAUCAUUCAAGUGUACAGUGCUUUAGUCACACUGUUAAUGUCAUCGUAAACGAGGCCAUUAAAAGCCAGAGAAUGGUUCAGAAUUUGCUAAGUAUUGCAAGAAAGAUCUGUGAACGUGUUCAUCGGUCAGCAAAAGCAAAAGAGAAGUUAGCUGAGUUGCAAAAAGAGUAUGAGUUGCCUCAGCAUCAGCUUAUACAAGAUGUUCCAUCCAAGUGGAACACAUCAUUUCAUAUGCUUGAACGUCUUAUUGAACAGAAAAGAGCAAUUGAUGAAAUGUCAAUAGAGUGCAGCUUUCGGGAGCUAAUAAGUUGUGAUCAGUGGGAAGUUAUGCAGUCAGUGUGUCAUGCUCUCAAGCCUUUCGAAGCUGCAAGUAGGGAAAUGAGUACACACAUGUCUACUUUAAGUCAAGUGAUCCCAAUGAUCCAUAUACUUAACAGGAAAAUAGAAAUGCUAUUUGAGGAAACAAUGGGCAUAGAUACUAUGCUGAAAUCUUUGAAAGAAGCUAUGGUGAGCAGAUUGUCCUCCACACUUCAUGAUCCAAGGUACAUUUUUGCGACACUUCUGGAUCCUCGCUAUAAAACAUCUUUAUUUACUGAAGAGGAGGCUGAACAGUAUAAACAAGACUUAAUCAGGGAGCUGGAAAUAAUGAGUUCUACCUCAGAAGAUGAUAAACCUGUUUCCAAUGGAUGUGAUAUAGGUUCACCAUCUACAAAUUCAUAUGGAGAAGAUAAUCUUUGGUCGCUCAUGGGUGACAUGAAGAAAACGAAAGACCUGAAGGAGAGAGCAAAGUUACCAGAGGAAAUGGUGCUUUCUUACUUGGAGGAAGAAGUACUCGAGCAUAACUGUGAUCCUCUAACUUACUGGAACUUCAAGAAGUCAUCUUGGCCAGUACUGUCAAAAUUGGCUGUCAGGUUCUUGGGUUGUCCACCAAGUAUUGUUCCUUCAGAGAGAUUGUUCAGUACAUCCAAUGAAAGCAACAACUUUAGUCAGUCAAGAUUAAUGAUUGAACAUUUCGAAAAACUUAUCUUUUUGAAAGUGAAUCUUCCUUUAAUAUACUUCCAGUAUUGAAACUAAUGAACAAACUGCUAGAGUAAAAAUUUUGUUGCUCACUGGAUAAUAACUAUCUGUAACUUGGAUUGUUAAGUUGCUCCAAUAGGGGCCAUGUAUGACAUCUAAUCAGUGACUAUAAUUCCAAAUUUUAGUUUCAUUUUUUCAGCUUUCGAUAUGUCUACAUGUGCCUUAUUCAUAGUACUUCAGGCCAGAUAUUGUAUAUAUGUUUUUUUAAAAAGUUCACACUAGAGAUAGACUGUCUUGUCAAAUUAUACAGAAUUAUGUAGGUUUUAAUCCGUAACUGUAAAUGAACUUUAAAAAAAAAAAAAAAAAAAAACUCAUUCGUUUUAAUAGGAUGGCUAAAAAAAAAAAAAAAAAAAGAUGUAAACAGUUCUAUUCUGUAGUUUUUUAUUCAAUUAUUAUGUAAAAACCAUAAACCAGGUACUGUAUUUUAGUUGAACGUUGCUUUAAUUGCAAAAAAAAACAAAAACAAAAACCAACAAACAACAAACAGCUCUUGUAGUUGUUGAAAGAAAGCUCUAUGUGAAAGGUGGGAUUCAAGCCAUCUUUUGUCACAUGUUUUUAACUACAAGCCCUAAAGUACUUAAAAGAAUUAAUAAGAGUCAUUGAGGAAGAUGUGUUUGCAGGAGACUAUUGAUGUAGUAUCUGAAAAAAAAUCUUAAAUUUGAGAUAAUAUGGAAUAUCAGCUACACAGCUAUGUGUAGUAAAACUUCCCAUCCUGAGUUCUCCUGUUCAGGUUAUACAUUUAAUGGAACGAUGGAAAUAUUCUGGGUAUUUAUAAAAGCUCCUUGGAAGUUUUAUCAAAGUUUAUGAAUUAAUGCUUGUUAUUUAAUGCCGUGUACAAAAAAAAAAAGUACAAAAAAAAAAAAAAGGCAAAAAUUUACAAUGAAGACUAUCGAGUCAUUCUAAAGCCUUUUCUUAUCUUUAGUGCAUCAAAACUGUAAGGUUCCCUAUUGUAUAAACUGAGCCCUUAUUCCUAACAUAAUUUCAAUUCUGUAGAACAGCCUGUCUUAAAGCUCCUAGUACAAAAAUAACUGAUCUUCUGAUUUUCAGUAAUAGCCUUAUGGGUAUGGUGCACUGCUUAGAAUUUUAUGUAGUAGGGUUGAUUCUUAACUGUCAGAGUCCAUCAGGCAAAUGGGAUACAGAGCCCUCAAGACUUCAAGUAAGAAGAAAAAAAACAGCCAGCAUUUUAAUUUGAAAGGAAUGUUCUCCUAUGUUUUUUUUUUACUCUAGAAAGAUAAAUAUUCUCAUUUCAGUUUUCAUUAAAUACUUUUUGGGAAAAAAGUCAUUGUUUGCCUAUGACCUUUUAGAAAAGUUGUAGCUUUGUUAAAAUACUGUACCUAUGCCUAAUCUAAUUUUGCAUUUACUAUGUUUUAGUGUAUUUAUAAAUGGUGAACUUCUGAAAUUAAACAUUUUAUUUGCAAUUUU